UGUCUCAUUUGUUCAUGGGUGUAAGGUGUGACUCUCCACUGUGUGGACUCCAGAAGGAGUGUCCAAGUCAAGAGAUGGACAUUGUCUUCCUGAUUGAUGGCUCUGGCAGUAUUGACCAAGACGACUUUAAGCAGAUGAAGGACUUUGUCAUAGCUGUGAUGGGACAGUUUAAGGGCACCGACACACUGUUCUCACUGAUGCAGUACUCGGACCGUCUGGAGACCCACUUCACCUUCACCAGAUUCCAGAGCAGUUCAAGCCCUCGGAGCCUCGUGGGUCCCAUCAGACAACUGAAAGGCCUGACAUUUACAGCCACAGGCAUCCUGAAUGUGGUGAAAGAACUAUUUCAUGGUAAGAAUGGUGCCCGUGAAAGUGCCAAGAAGAUCCUCAUUGUCAUCACAGAUGGGCAGAAAUACAGAGACCCGCUGGAAUACAGUGACGUCAUCCCCCAGGCAGAGAAAGCUGGCGUCACUCGCUAUGCCAUUGGGGUGGGACAUGCUUUCCAGGAACCCACCGCCAAGGAGGAGCUCAACACCAUUGCUUCAUUGCCCUCUCAGGAUCAUGUGUUCAAGGUGGACAACUUUGCAGCACUCAGAAGCAUCCUGAAGCAGCUGCAGGAGAAGAUCUUUGCAGUGGAGGGAACCCAGUCGAGGACAAGUAGCUCCUUCCACCAUGAGAUGUCACAAGAAGGCUUCAGUUCAGUGCUCACAAUGGAUGGACCAGUUCUGGGGGCUGUGGGGAGCUUCAGCUGGUCUGGAGGUGCCUUCCUGUACCCCCAAAAUGUGAGCCCCACUUUCAUCAGCAUGUCUCAAGAGAAUGUGGACAUGAGGGACUCUUACCUGGGAGCUCAAGGGGUUGGGUGGAAGCUUCUGUGCUGA